AAUUCCACUAAACAAAUGCAGAAAUCUCAUAAUUCCGUUUCUGCCUUAUCUCUAUUUUUCUCUUUUCCUGAUACCUUUUCGUCCCUUUUUGUUUUUUCUUUGGGUUAAAUUUCUUGUUUGAAAGUGAUUUCGAGCCACAACUCCAUUUGGAAAAAGACAACUCUUUGCUUCGAUUUAAUACCCACAAAGGGUCGGCGAAUUCUGAAUCACUUCUCCACAUGGCGCUUCUCAAUUCUCCACCGUCCGAUUCCAAAUUCCACCGCUUCCCCUCCCUCCACCGCGCGAUCCACCGCCCACGGCCGUCGCCCGUCCAUUUCCCCCGGGUUUCCCCCGACCCAUUAUCCCUAAAUUUUGUGGGUCGGCGCGAUUUCAAAUCCCUGAGGCUGAAUUCGCCUACCCUGAAUCUGAACAGAGCAAUUCCACCGCCGGCGGAGGCGUUCGAGGCAGAGGCGUCGCGGCCGGCGGCGGCGGAUGGGAGGAGGAUUUUGUUGUCGGACGUGGUGGUGAGGCGGCGGAGGGAGGUGUUUUGGGGGCGGAAAUGGACCUCUCUGGACAUCGGAACCGCCGGCGUGGUGGUGGCGACGCAUUUACUAACUCUUCUGGCUCCGUUUCAGUUCAAUUGGGCGGCAUUUUGGGUGGCGAUUUCUCUGUACGUUGUCACCGGACUCUUCGGAAUUACCCUCUCUUAUCAUCGGAAUCUCUCUCACCGGAGCUUCAAACUUCCCAAAUGGCUUGAAUAUCUCUUCGCCUAUUGUGGAGUUCAAGCCCUUCAGGGAAAUCCGAUCGAUUGGGUAAGCACACAUAGAUACCAUCAUCAAUUUUGCGAUUCCGAGAGAGACCCACAUAGCCCAAUUGAAGGGUUUUGGUUCAGCCACAUGAGUUGGCUGUUUGAUACCAAUGCCAUGAUUGAAAGGUGUGGAGAGGUAAACAAUGUUGGGGAUUUGCAGAAGCAGCCAUUUUACAGGUUUGUUCAGAGCACUUAUCUUCUUCAUCCAAUUGCCCUUGGUGCUCUGCUCUAUGCCAUUGGUGGAUUUCCUUUCCUUGUUUGGGGAAUGGGUGUGAGAAUAGUAUGGGUGUACCACAUCACCUGGCUGGUGAAUUCAGCUUGCCAUGUAUGGGGAAAACAAGCUUGGAAAACAGGGGAUUUGUCUAGAAACAAUUGGUGGGUGGCAUUGCUUGCAUUUGGAGAGGGGUGGCACAACAACCACCAUGCAUUCGAGUUCUCAGCUCGGCACGGCCUCGAGUGGUGGCAGUUCGACAUGACAUGGUACGUUGUUUGGCUUCUUCAAGCUCUUGGUUUGGCCACAGAUGUGAAGACACCAUCUGAACUUCAGAAAGAAAGAAUGGCUGUUCUCAACACCACCUGAUUUUGUACUUACUUUUCUCUGCCAAAUCUCAGAACCAAGAACUUUAUGGUUUUAAAAUUUUAAAAUAUAUAGAAAGAGAGGAGAGAGCAUUUCAAUUGGGAAACAUUUAAAUUGUUCUUGCGGUUAACUUUACAUAGCAUAUCAUCAUGUAUUCACUGAUUUAAUUAGAAUGAGAUUUUUUUUUAAUUCGUAA